CAUUCAUAAAUUUCAUAAACUUGUUAACUAAUUCAUGAAGAAUGUAUGUACAUAUGUAUGUAUGUAAUUAACCCUACCGCCAGAACAGAUCUAAUCGAGUGUGCGAGAAACUGCACGAGCUUUGAGAGACGGCAAUAGGCAAGUUCGACUGCAUGAAUCAUACUCAAUGAAGGCUGUGUCUGGGGAGCUACUUAACUAUGCGUAACGUUAAUUAAGUCCAAAGAUGCUAUUUGCUAUUUGUUUACUAAAAAACCGCCAACUAGCAAAGGUUGACUACAAAUAUGUUUGUGUAUGUCGAAGCGUGACGUCAAAAUUUAAUAACCGACACAUGCUCAAAUGCGCUCCAAGUGCCUCUAUCGCGCUCACCGGGGCAGACACCGCCUAAAAAAGAUUGCAGGGAGCAUUUGUGCCUCUGCGAGUGUGUUGACAAACAAUCGGCUGUCAAAAACCAAGUCAGUCUGAGUAAAGCGUCGUUGUCAGAAGUUCUUUGCGGUGACGCGGUUAACUAGAGUGUGAAUUAAAAGAAUUUCAAAUUUCUCCAUAAAAGUGGUAUACUAAGAUCGCUAUUUUUUGUGAAAAACUUUAAAUAACAAGCGCACCAUGUCGUACGGCGCCGAGAGGGCGCUUGCCUAUUUGUAUCCGCUGAUCAUUGCCACCUCUGCCAUUUGCUGCAUCACAUCGGGCGUUGCUUGGGCCCAUUGGCGUUAUGUUUUGAACGCUUGUCCGGAGACGAAUUGCGGCUGCAUCCUCCAUGGACGCACCACCUACAACAGCUUCGAGGGUGGUCAUAUAGCCUAUUGCCACUAUGCCACAUACGGUCUCAUCUUUCCUCUAGUGUUCGCCACCGUGCUGGGUAUUUACCAUGCAUAUCGCAUCUGUAUGGGCACAACAAAACGAAAAACGGGCACAACCACCAUUCGACAGAGAUCUGGUGACAUGAUUGUGGUGACUGCCGAAUCAGAGUUAACACAUAAUGGAAUAUCGCCCUAUUACUGGACACCCGCUGCUGUCAUCUCUUGUGUGAUGACCGUUUACACCUUAAUCUAUGCAUCGAUCUAUACGGAUGGCUUUCGCAUCACUUGCAAACAGUAUAGCGAAUCAUUGGUCAAAGACAUUCAAGGAGCUGGCAAUAUUGUGCCUGUUAUAAAGGGUCGAUUGUCUUGCGGGGCAAUCUUCGAUUUCAUGGACUACUUGGUGGAGACCAUUUCCUAUGAGCGGCGUAAAUAUGGGCGCAUCAAUACUGGAGCAUGCCUUUACAUGACACUCAUAUGCAGUUGGUUGACUAUAUUCUUUUGGAUUAUUGUAUGUGUAGUGAACAUUGUACAAACACGUCGCACACGUUCGGAGCGAGUCUGAUUAUGGCUUAAUUUUCUAAAUGAAAAUAAACCAGUCAAUUAUGCGCAUGACAUUUGAAAUUCAGGAAGCAAAAUAUAAACAAGUGCUUGCAUUUGCCAUUUUUACAACUAAAACGUCCACUUACGAAUUAUUAUAUAGUAAAUACAACACCAAAAGUAUUAAGUAUUGCAUACUUUAGAUGAGAAAUGCAGAAACUUAAAUUCCACUAAUUUUAUUUAUGACAUUUAUACAUAUAUGUAUGUAAGUAAAUAAGUUAUAAUUUUUAAGACGACAACGAACGACAUUUAUGUUUAAGUUUAGAUUUGAAAUACAUAUGUAUGUAAACAACAUUUAAAUUUAAUCAAAA